AUGGAUUUCAGCGGUAUUCCUCGAGGCCUGAUCCGGGCUCGCGCGUACCAGAAGCUUGCCAAACUCUCGGUGGAAAACACCCUGGGUCCAACCGAGUUGUCCCAGGUGGCCAUGUCCUUGAAGGAGUACGAGGUCUUGCUGGCUCUCUGUGACGCUGUGGACGGUCCUAUGGCCAAUAAGGAGCAGGCCCACGUGUUGGAGGGCAAAUUCCACUUGUACUUGCUCGAAUUGCCUCGCCAGAAGUUCUCCAGUGCUGUAUUUGAAAAAGUCGGCAAACAGGCCCCAUGGCACGUUUUGGGUGAGAAGCUCGCCCGUGCCUUGCUGAAGUUGGCCUUCAAGUUUGACGCUGUGUUGCUCGAUAAGGUGACGGAGUCGUUCCAGAUGUUCACGAAGCGCUUUUUCGCCAACCACGAUCUUGAACUCUCUGACUACUUGACCUUGUUGGGUGUCAUCAGUGGAUUGGUGCAGAGCCCUCAAUUGCUCGCUGCUACGCCCGAGUCGUUCAAGGUUUUCCUCCAGUUGGACGUGUGCAUCGACAACUUUGACUUUUUGAACGAUGUCGAGUCGUACAUUUCCACCGCCUACUCGUACCCAGACCUUCGCAAGUUCCUUGACCACCACAAUGUGGGUGAGUUCUCGCCAAUCUUGUUUGUCGAGAGAUUGAGUCUUUUGAUGAGCGCCAUUGCCAAUUCGAUCAUGGGAGCCUCCAAGUCCUCCACUUUAUUGGACUCUUUGUUGGCUAAAGCUGCCGCAGAGCUGGAGGAGGAGUACGAUACUUUGGCUGACCGCUCAAGGACAGUUGGACCAAGAAACCUUAACGGCACUGUUCGCUCCAUUGCUAGCAGUGAGGAGAUUUUCUCGUUGAACGACGAUUCUCCUGCUGGUCCAUUGACCGCUGAAAAGAUGGGCUACAUUUCCAAGCUUUCCGAGCUUGCUCUUGCCAAAAUCAACUUCUUGGACCGUGGUGAAACUUACAUCAUUUACUCUACUUACAAUCGUUUGGAGCUCGGCUACCUCGCUAAGAGCUACUUUUUGCUGAUCAUUGGCUGUGGUGCCUACAACAAGCUUGUGGAUGUCGAUACUGCCACCAAGAUCUUCCACAGCUCUGUGAGCAUCUACGAUGUCAUGUUGGACCGCAAUCUUGGUGCUGCUGUGAUCCAGUUGGGUUCCUUGCUUACCUUCUUGGACCCCUCUGUUGGAUCCUCUUUGACUCGUUCCUUCACCUCUUUGGUUGCCAACCCCAACUUUGACUCUCAAAGCUGCCAGAUUGCUUCCAAGAGCGUUGGUGUUGCCAGUAAGGUGCUUUCUCAGGACGCUGUGGUGACCACCAUUUACGCCUUGACCAACUUGUUGUUCGUUGGCAACGACGGCUUGCAAUUGCAGUACCGUGCCAGAAGAAACACCGGUCUUAGAGGCGCCUCUUCAGCUGACUCGGGCGGGUUCCCUCAGGAGAAUGGCGGAUCAAACCGUCUUAUUUCUCGCAACAGUGUGCUGAAGAGAGUCUCCUCUACAGCCACCAAGGAGAGCUUCAACUUCACCGAAACAGAGUACAAGAAGGUCUGUGAACAUGCUGUCAUUGCCAUCUCGGAGGUUGUUGCUGCCUGUGGUGACGAGAGCGUGAGUACCUUGGCUACCACCAUUUUGUCCCAGAAGGCCUUGAAGUUGAACCAUGUCAGUGCUCCAUUGUUGCUCAAGGGCUUGGUCUCUACUGCUCCAUACUUGCCUGAGAAGGAGUUCGUGAUCUUGGUCAGAUUGAUCCACAAGUUGACCUUUGACGCUUACGACAACAAGAAGACUGAGCUCAUGGACAUUUUGCAGAACAGCGCCUGUGACUUGUCCAGAAUCCUCAAGCAGGACAACCCAUUGUACAUGGUCUACUUGUCAGAGCUUUUGACUGCCAUUGUCAGCAAGGGUGAUGUUCAGGUCUUGGACCACCACCGUUCUCACAACGAGAUCAGUGCUAUUGGUGACCAGAUCUCCAUCUACUUGAAGCCUUUGGCUGCCCUUUUGCCGGACGUCCACAAGGACGAGCAGCCUAUCAAGCUCACCAACAACAAAAUCGUGGACUUGUUCAGAAACAUCUGGUUCAACAUGGUGGUGCACGGAUACUCCAUCAACUCUGCUCACGGCAAGUCCUUUGCUACUGAGUUGGAGAAGAUUGCCUACAACACCCCACCAUUGGCUUCUGAGCUCACUUGGGACAGAACAGAGACUUCUUUGGAAUUGAACACCGUCUUGAAGCGUGGUUCUUCCAACCACAAUGUGAAGGACCACAAGCACAUCGUUGGCGAUGUUUUCGAAAUCUCCAGAACUUUGUCCCACUCGAGAUUGAUGUUUUUGGCUGCUGCUUUGUUUGUCGAGUCGCUUAGAGUCAAGACUGGUGACUGCCACACCAUCUUGAAGUACUACUCUGAUCCAUCGAUGAGAACAAGUGGUAUCGACAAGUACAUUGGACCUGUUGCGUUCCACAUCAACAAGGACUUUGUGGAGUUGAUCCAUUGCGGUGCUGAUAAGCAGUUUUCUGCUGACAACAUUGCUGAGCAGCUUACUCACAUGUUGACCUUGUGCUGUUACGGUCAGGAGGAUUUGCAGGAUGCUGCCAUCAAGUGCUGUGACUUGCUCAUCAACAAGGUGCCUUCUUCCUUGUGCCACCACAGAAGUUUGUUUGCUUUGUUUGACUUGUUGACCCUUUUGUACGACAGUGUCAUGGAUGCUGAAAUCAGUCAGUACGAGCCUACUUUCUCCUACACUGCCAAGAAGACUGGCAUUCAGUUGCAAUUGCCAGAUUCCUACACCUGGAGAGAGUCCACUUUCAAGAGACUUCACGAAAAGGCCAAGCACUGGACCACCUUGCUUUUGGCUAAGUGUUCCUACGACACCAAGAGUUUGAUCCAGUCUUAUGUUUCGGACCCCGAGGGCCAGCAGGCUAGACAGGGUAUCCUGUUUGGUGUUUCGUUUGCUUUGGAGGCUGCUGGUUCUAUUGGACCAACGGACCGUGAAUUGGUGCAACUUUCUCUGGCCAACCAGGCUACUCUGACCUUGCUUCCAGGUCUUGUUUCGCAAUUGGCAUGGAGAUCCAACUUCGUCACCGACUUGAUGAACAGGGUUCCUUUGCACACCCCAGAGGCUGCCGAGGAAGCUCUUCGUGAAUUGAGAAUCCAGGUGAAAUCUUUGAAGCACUUGAUCUGCGAUGAAGGCCAACACAUUCCUAACAAGGACGUUCUUGACCUCAUGAGCGAGCUUGCAGGAUUCUCUUUGAUCCAGAACAACAACUUGGCUGAGGCUAUUCGUUACUUGGUCGAGAUUCCUUUCGUUAUUUUCGAGUCUGGAAUCAUGAAGGGUGCUCUUGGAAUUUGGGGUGCUGUGAUGAAGGAGAAGCCACAACUCUCCAUCCUCGUGUUGUCUGAGAUCACCAAGAGAUGGGAGAUGUCCAUCAACAUGAAGCAGGGUGUCUACACCACUGAGUUUGAUCUUGAGGACCCAGAGUUCUCCAAGAUGGAGUACGCUCCAAGUAACUUCCAGUAUGCUUCUAAGAAGGCCACUGCUGUUAGUAAGACAUUCCAGCCUCACUCCGAGAUCAUCAAGUUGCUCUCUUCGAACUUCGAGGCCACCAUGAACCAGAGUGACCACUUGUUGAAGCUCUUCACCAGAUUUGUUAAAACCGGUUUGCUCAACUUGAAGUCCGCAAGUUUGCACCCAUUUGCAAGAUACACCAGAUUCGAGUUGGUCAGAUUCGCUUUUGACGUUUUGAACUACCACAUCAAGUUGAGAUCGAGAUCUGGUCAGCGUCUUACAGAAUUGAUCAUCGACGGUUCCUUGUCUUGGUUCGAAGGCAGAGCUGGUUUCCCAUUCGGCUCUAACGUCUUGAAGAUGAAGGCCGAUUUUGCCUUGUUGAAGGAAGUCACCAAGUUGUUGAGUACCGUUAACACCUUCCAUAGCAGCACUUUGGAGCUGAAGAAGACCUUGUUGAUGUACUUCUUGGACGAUGAGAUCUCAAAGAUUUCUGUCUGGUUGAACCCUGCUCAGCCAAACGACACCAGAGGCACUUUUGCUACCUCCCACUUGAGCGGUGACCACAUCACCAAGGCUUACGACAUCAGUCCUCGUUUGGCUGUGAAUUUGGCCAACCGUUACAAGCUCAGAAACUUGGACGAGAUUUUGCAAAGUUUGAUCACCAAGAACCCAUUGCCUGCCCUCACCUGUCCAGAUGCCGUGCAAUACUUCAUUGGUAUCAACGCCGGCUCGAGCAUGCCAACACAUCAUUUGUUGUUCUGGGAUGCUCUUUCUCCAAUUGACGCCAUCACCUUGUUCUUGCCUCCAUUCGGUAAGAACCCAUACAUUUUGCAGUACACUAUGAGGUCGCUUGAGCACCACGAUGUGAACUUGACUUUCUUCUACGUUCCUCAAAUCGUGCAAUCUCUUCGUUAUGAUGCUAAGGGAUACGUCAAGAGAUUUAUUGUGGAAACCGCCAGAGUGUCGCAAUUGUUCGCUCACCAGAUCAUCUGGAACAUGUUGGCUAACAGUUACAAGGAUGAGGAUGCCACUGAGCCCGACUCCUUGAAGCCCGUGUUGGACGAGUGUCAGAAAUUGAUGUUGGACAGCUUGGACGAGGAGGACUUGGAUUUCUACAAGAAGGAGUUUGGUUUCUUCGACGAGGUCACCUCCAUCUCUGGUAAGUUGAAGCCAUACAUCAAGAAGUCGAAGGCCGAGAAGAAGGUCAAGAUCGACGAGGAGAUGGCCAAGAUCGACGUCCAGCCCGAUGUCUACUUGCCCAGUAACCCUGAUGGUGUUUUGGUUGACAUCAACAGAAAGUCUGGUAAGCCAUUGCAAUCUCACGCCAAGGCGCCUUUCAUGGCCACCUUCAAGAUCAAGAAGGAGGUGGACGACGUGGACGAAUACGGCCACACCAUCAAGGUGCCUAUUGAGAAGUGGCAGAGUGCCAUUUUCAAGGUUGGUGACGAUUGUAGACAGGAUGUUUUGGCGUUGCAGUUGAUUUCUGUCUUCAGAUCGAUCUGGUUGGCCUGUGGCUUGGAUCUCUACGUGUUCCCAUACCGUGUGACCGCCACCGCUCCAGGAUGUGGUGUCAUUGACGUCUUGCCCAACUCCACCAGUAGAGAUAUGCUUGGAAGAGAGGCGGUGAACGGCUUGUACCAGUACUACAUCACCAAGUUCGGUCCCGAGACGUCGAUUGAGUUCCAGAAGGCCAGAAACAACUUGAUCAGAUCGUUGGCCGCCUACUCGAUCAUCUCGUACUUGCUCCAGUUCAAGGACAGACACAACGGUAACAUCAUGUACGACGGAGAGGGCCAUGUGUUGCACAUUGAUUUCGGAUUCUGUUUCGACAUUGUUCCUGGAGGAGUGAAAUUCGAAGUUUCGCCUUUCAAGUUGACCAAGGAGAUGGUGAUGGUGCUUGGAGGCAACGACCAGACGCAGGCGUUCAAGUGGUUUGAGGAGCUCUGUAUCAAGGGCUAUCUUGCUUGUAGACCGUACAUGGAGACGAUUGUGCGUUGCGUGAACCCGAUGUUGGAGAGUGGCUUGCCAUGUUUCAAGGACACCACGAUCAAGAAGUUGAGAAAGAGAUUCUCUCCUGGCAAGAGUGAGAAGGAGGCUGCCUUGUUCUUCAAGGGCUUGAUCAAGAAGUCGUACGAGAGUUUCUACACCACGGGUUACGACGAGUUCCAGCGUCUCACCAACGGUAUUCCCUACUAG